AUGGCAGACCAGACCACAGCAGAAGCAGCAGCAGCAGCAGCAGCGACUCAGACCCCAGCCCCGAACUCGACAGUGCGUGGCGGCAUUGCGCAAAUUGACGUGGUCAAAUUGGAGCGCCAUAUCUCCAACGAGGUAGAGACAUACAGCCAAGGCGGAUUCCCACGGCAGAGCGAGAGGUACUACCGGCUCAUGUCGGUGCUGCAUAUUGCGCGCCUGCUUUACCACGACGGCCACUGCCAGCCCAUCCACCGCGAGUUCUACAGGCGGUUAGCACAAAUCCACCAGCAGCAACAGCAGCAAAUACAGCACCAGCAGCCACCGAUUGCACCACAAGUACAGUAG